AUGAAAUACGUUGUUGUUUCUGGUGGUGUUAUUUCCGGUAUCGGUAAGGGAGUCAUUGCAUCUUCUACUGGGUUAUUACUUAAAACCUUAGGUUUACGUGUUACUUCCAUUAAGAUUGAUCCAUACAUGAAUAUUGAUGCAGGUACUAUGUCUCCGUUGGAACAUGGUGAAUGUUUCGUGUUAAAUGAUGGUGGUGAAGUUGAUUUGGAUUUAGGUAAUUAUGAACGUUAUUUAAACAUUACCUUAACUAGAAAUCAUAAUAUUACUACUGGUAAGAUUUAUUCUCAUGUUAUUGAAAAGGAAAGAAAUGGUGAUUAUUUAGGUAAGACUGUUCAAGUCGUUCCUCAUAUCACUAAUGCCAUUCAAGAAUGGAUUGAACGUGUUUCUAGAAUUCCAGUCGAUGACACCGGAUUAGAACCAGAAGUAUGUAUUAUUGAAUUGGGUGGUACUGUUGGUGAUAUUGAAUCUGCUCCAUUCGUUGAAGCUUUAAGACAAUUCCAAUUCAGAGUCGGUACUGAUAACUUUGCCUUGAUUCACGUUUCUUUAGUUCCAGUUAUCCACGGUGAACAAAAGACUAAACCAACUCAAGCUGCCAUUAAGGACUUAAGAUCUUUGGGUUUAACCCCUGAUAUGAUUGCUUGUAGAUGUCAAGAAGAAUUACAAGUUGCUACUAUUGAAAAGAUCGGUAUGUUCUGUCAUGUUGGUCCUGAACAAGUUAUUGCUGUUCAUGAUGUCAAUUCAACUUAUCAUGUUCCAUUAUUAUUAAAACAACAAAAGAUGAUGAAAUAUUUGACUAAGAAAUUGACUAUUGGUCAAGUCCCUAAAGAAGCUGCUAUUAAAGGUGAACAAUUAUUAAGCAAAUGGAGACAAUUAACUACCAGUCAUGAUAAAUCUUUUGAAACUGUUACUAUUGCCCUUGUUGGUAAAUAUACUCAUUUACAUGACUCUUAUUUAUCAGUCAUUAAAUCCUUGGAACAUGCUUCCAUGAGAUGUCAUAGAAGAUUAAGAAUCGAAUGGGUUGAAUCUUCUAAUUUAGAAGAAGAAAUUAGAAACACCAACUUAUCAGAGUAUCACAAGGCAUGGCAUCAUGUUUGUCAAGCAGACGGUAUUUUAGUUCCAGGUGGAUUCGGUUCUCGUGGUAUUGAAGGUAUGAUUGCUGCUGCCAAAUAUGCUCGUGAAAAUGAUAUUCCAUACUUGGGUGUCUGUUUAGGUUUACAGGUUGCUGUUAUCGAAUUCGUUAGAAAUGUAUUAGGUAAAGAAGGUUCUACUUCUAUGGAAUUUGAUAAGACUAUUGAAGAAAAGGAUGCUUCUGUUGUUUAUAUGCCAGAUGUUGAUCAAGUUAAAUUAGGUGGUACAAUGAGAUUAGGUAUUCAUGCCACUAAAUUUGUUGCUGAUUCUCAUUGGUCUAAAUUAAGAAAAUUAUAUGGUGAUGCUGAUGCCGUUUAUGAAAGACAUAGACAUAGAUAUGAAGUCAAUCCAUUGUUAACUGAAGAAAUUGAAUCUCAUGGAUUGAAAUUCAUUGGUAAAGAUGAAUCUGAAAAGAGAAUGGAAAUGAUUGAAUUAAAAGAUCAUAAAUUCUUCACUGGUACUCAAUAUCAUCCAGAAUAUUUAUCUAAAGUAUUGGAUCCUUCAAGACCAUUCUUAGGUUUGGUUGCUGCUGCUUCUGGUAUUUUAGAUGACGUCUUACAAGAAGAUUUGAACUAUAAAGGUGAAUUCUAA